UUUCUUUUAGUUCAAUCACUUUAUGACACAUUAUAUUUCAUUACGGGCCCACUGAGGAUCCUGGCAGUCCAUUGAUUGAUUGAUUGAUUGAAUGAAUGAUUGAUUUGAACAAGUCAUAUCUUUUAAAGAGCACGUUUCUUGGAAACUCAUUUGCAUUUGUUUGUUUUAUUCCAGCCCCCCGUGGAGCUGCUGAGCUCUCCCGUCACAGUGGGACCAUCUGUCCACCGAGCUCACAUCUGUUACCUCGGAGUCUGGCACCGAGAACCGGGACCGUGUCAGCAGGGUCCUCCUGGACCAGGACCCCCUGCCGGGUUGGCUUCCCUCAACGCGUCCUGGUCUCGAUUACAGAUCAGGAUCCGGGGCAACGGAGAGCCCGAAGAAUGGAGUUAUUCCUCCGGUGUUAAGUGGCACAACGUGGGCGAUGCACGUGAACGCACCGCGGCGUCUCCGUCCGCGCGGGACUCACCAGCUGGAUGCGGAGCCGAAGGGGGGGGAGGAGGAGGAGGAGGAGGAGGAGGAACCCGAUGGUGUAACCUGCGGAGAAAAAGCGUGUCAGCAGUGUGUGUGCGCGUGUGUGUGCGCGUGUGUGUCGGGAAGCGGGUGCGCUGGUGAUGGUGCGCGCGCCUCUCCAAGGUGGAUUCUGGUUUCCAGUCCGCGUGUUGCGAGCUGACGCAGCGAGUUCAUUUCACGAGUCAGCCCGAACCCGACCGGACAGGACCGGAGAGGACACCUGAAGGGAUCCUCCUCCUCCUCCUCCUCUUCCUCCUCCUCCCCCUCCUCCUCACCGGACGGGAUCUGGACCCACGCGCGUGCAGCUCGUGCGCGGAGAGAUCUCUCGGUGCCUCUCGCUCUGUUGACAUUGAAGCAGCAUCUCCUCCUCCUGCGCGUUUAUUUUGGACUUUGUGGUCGCGCUGCAGCAGGGGGUCUGGGGGGUCUUGUGGGGUCUGGGGGGUCUCUGUGGAUACGACGGACUCACGAGAAGAGCUUUGUGACCAUGAUGUGAAACACACACGGAGUGCAAUGCGUCGCAGAGGCUCCUGUCUGCUGGAGGUGUUCGCCAUCGUGAGCCUCCUGCUACCCUCCGGGGCUCUGGCAGACCUGACGUGUGACGCUCUGCUCAUGCUGUCGGGAAACGUGUCGCUGCAGUCGCUGGCCUCCUGGAACCGAACCCUGAGCGGCGCCGCGGCCGAGUGGAGCGGCCCGGGACUCUCCUGCGACGCCUCCGUGGACGGCAUCGGCACCUGCUGGCCCCGGAGCGGCGCCGGGGAGAUGGUGGCGCGGCCGUGUCCGGAGAUGUUCUACGGCGUCAGAUACAACACCACCAAUAACGUGUUUAGGGAGUGCCUUGCUAAUGGGACGUGGGCGCUGAGGGGGAACUACUCCAUGUGCAAGGCCAUCCUGCAGGAGGAGAAGAAAGGCAAGAUGCACUACCAGAUGGCCGUGGUCAUCAACUACCUGGGCCACUGCGUCUCCAUGGUGGCGCUGCUCCUGGCCUUCUUCCUGUUCCUGUGUCUCAGGAGCAUCCGCUGCCUGAGGAACAUCAUCCACUGGAACCUCAUCACCGCCUUCAUCCUGAGGAACGCCACCUGGUUCAUCGUGCAGAUGACCAUGAGCCCCGAGGUGCACGAGAGCAACGUGAUUUGGUGCCGCGUCGUCACCGCCUCCUUCAACUACUUCCACUCCACCAACUUCUUCUGGAUGUUAGGCGAGGGCUGCUACCUGCACACGGCCGUCGUGCUCACCUACUCCACCGACAAGCUGCGCAAGUGGAUGUUCAUCUGCAUCGGCUGGUGUAUACCGUUCCCCAUCAUCGUGGCGUGGGCGAUCGGGAAGCUGUACUACGACAAUGAGAAGUGCUGGUUCGGGAAGCGAGCCGGGGUCUACACGGACUACAUCUACCAGGGCCCCAUGAUCCUGGUCUUAGUGAUCAACUUCAUCUUCCUCUUCAACAUUGUGAGGAUCCUGAUGACGAAGCUGCGAGCCUCGACCACGUCGGAGACGAUGCAGUACAGGAAAGCCGUGAAGGCCACUCUGGUGCUGCUCCCCCUCCUGGGAAUCACCUACAUGCUGUUCUUCGUCAACCCGGGGGAGGACGAGAUCUCUCAGGUCGUCUUCAUCUAUUUCAACUCCAUCCUGGAGUCCUUCCAGGGCUUCUUUGUGUCCGUGUUCUACUGCUUCCUGAACAGUGAGGUCCGGUCCGCCACCAGGAAGCGGUUCCACCGCUGGCAGGAGCAGCACUCCAUCCGGGUCCGGAUGAGCCAGGCCAUGUCCAUGCCCACCUCCCCCUCACGGGUCAGCUUCCACAGCAUCAAGCAGUCCACGUCGAUAUGAGGGGCGUGGCAGAGCGCUGUCCUGGAUAAGCCCCGCCCCCCACACCACCUCCCCUGAUGCUGGAGUACACUGAAACCUGAGAGAGAGA